UUUUCAGGUACCGGUUUCUUUACUUUCAUCUUGAGUCUUGACACAAUCGUGUAAAAAUUAUUUAAAAAUGUUCUAAAUUAACGAUAACCUAACUGCCUUUAGGAACCAAGUUUACUUUCCUUCUCCCACUAUUUUUCCCUAUCUAUACGUAUUGCAUUUAUUCAGUUUUAAGUUCUCGUCCGGUUGACUGCGUUAGCUGCACUUCUUAGUUUAUCAAACGAAAUCAAAUUCUGCAUUCCGAGAUUUUGAAAAUGCCACCUAAGAAAGGAGGACAGAAUGGCUUCUAUUACUUCUUUAUCGAAUUACGACAAAAACAUCCGAAUUUAUAUAGGACCAACGAACAGGCUGCUUCAGCAGCAGGCCCACUAUGGAAGGAAAUGGACGCAGAAAAACGACGACCAUAUGACGAAAAGGCGCGCUUAUUAAAAAAUAAAGAGAAAGUGAGGUACACCUCCUCGGGACAGAACGUAGAAGUCCUUCAACGCCAACAAGAACAGGAAAGGAGAAAGAUACAGGAUAUGAAAGAAGAGAUUGAGAAUACGGUACUGGCAGCUCUGGAAGCGAACACUCUUGUUGAUAAAGAAUUUCAUGUAAUUCACAUCAACUACUUUUGUGUUUGUCAUAAGCAGUAUUACCCUGCUGAAAUUUCAGUGGUUAGAUGGAAUUUACGAUCUGGUGUAAAGGAUGAUAAUGUUUUCCACAUGAUGUGCAAACCGGGAUCAUUGCCCGUGGGAUAUUCCGCCGAAGCAAUUAAGAUAUCCGAAGAUACUCACAAAAUACCUCCACCUUGCUCACCGGAACGUAAUAUAAAAGAUGUCGCUUUUGCACUCGAAAAAUUUAUAGCAAAUGGUAUGCCCAAUCGUAAUGUACCAUUAUACGCUUCUGAUAAAAAUGCUCCUGUUGUUGCUAAUGUUAUUCAACAGCUCUCUGACGCCUUUGGCAUACCCGAAUAUAGAAUAUUUUCAUUGCAACAUCUCUUUUUUACAUUACGUAAUAGCAGUAGUAAGGGAAAAGUGUGGAUCGCCUCGAGCCUUGCCCAGACGGAGUUAGAAACUGACAAGUUUGAAUUCUUCAGGGAGACUGUGUGUUCUUUUCACGAAAACGUUGACGUUAUAAGUCAUUGCAGUCAGUCGAUAGCUAUACGUACCGUGUAUACAAUUGCAAACAAUUGCUGUGCCGAUAUGGGCAUUGAUCUAAUAUCAGGACAACAUGUGCCGAAAUCUGCGCAAAUAAAAAGCACAAGAAUGUCUAGUCAUGCUAGCAGUAUUUCAUCAUCUAGUAACGGUUCUUCAUGGGAACAACCUUCCAGGCGUCGCCAACCCAUGCAGGCGGGAUAUUUAUCUCGAGGCGAAACUGAGCCAUCUGAACUGUCCGAUACCAGUACCAUGAUAGAUCCAAAUGAAAAUUACGAAGGCAGCGAGGACGAGUGGCAUGUUGCAAAAUCCAAAAAGAAGCAUUCGCCCAUUGAAUCAAACAACUCGAGUAGUGAUUAUACCCAAACCUCCGGGUCAAAGCUUCGACGCCCCGUUGGUUUAUCGAGCGCUUUAGCAGGUGUAUCUAAGCUGUCUUUAUCGAAUGAGCCUAGAGGACGUGGUCGAGGUAUUGCUGCAAAUUAUUCCAAUGCAAAAAAGUAACUCACGCUUAUAUACUGACUUAGAACUGCAAUUGUUGUUCUUUUUUUUAUUACACUGGAAUACAAAAUGUUUCUGGUGCCAUUGUUUUUGAAUUAAAUUUACCAUUGAUAAUUUUUCAAUAAUCAAUGUACACAUCUUGUCACUUUCAGUGUUUAUGAAUUUGUUUGACGUUCAUCUUAAAUCAUUCUUAAGUAUUACUUAUUGUCUAUGUAUAAUAAAUGUACAUAUUUUUAUAGUGACGUUAUUUUUCAAUAUAAAAUUGUUUGACAUGUU